AUGCCCAGAAGAAACCACUAUCCAGAUGGCAACUUUUUCAGAGGAAAAGGACACAGCUAUCUUGCAGCAGCAGAAGUUCUGGGUAUUGGACUCUUCAUUUUGGUGCUGGCAAUUUUACUUAUGUUUGGCUGCUGGUGUUACAAAAGACGUAGUGGCUAUAAAAGUCUGCGGAGCAAAAGUGCUAGGGUGGGCACAAUACGAACCGUGGUAGGUGAGGGAACAAUACUGGACUGCAAAAUGGCUCUGCAGGAGUACAGAAACUUCAAUUCUGUGGUACCUGAUGCUCCACCAGCUUAUGACAAAAUUGCUGCAGAUCUGUCACCACCACCUUAUUCACCUUAACAGAAAAUCUUAAACUCUAAACAUACCAAUUCAAU